AUGGCGGUGGGGACACGACCAGAGCUGGUGGGGAAGCGGUUCCUGUGCGUAGCGGUUGGCGAGGAGACGCGGCUGGAUCCCUGGGAGAGCGGACGCUGCCGGAGGGGCUGGCGAGCAGGGGUCAUCCGAGCCGUGUCGCACAGGGACAGCCGCAACCCGGACCUGGCGGUAUAUGUGGAAUUUGAUGAUCUUGAAUGGGACAAACGAGAGUGGGUUAAAGUUUAUGAAGAUUUUGCAACUUUCUUGGUGGAAUACCACUUAAUCUGGGCCAAAAGGAAGAACCCUAGGCAGACUCAGGGAUCAAAGAGCAAGCAAAUUCAGUGGCCUGCAUUGACUUUCAAAGCCCUGGUUGGAAAAAGUGUCCCUAGUUCAUUCACUGCAGUAGAAUUCCUUGUAGAUAAACAAUUGGAAUUUUUAACUGAAGAUAGUGCCUUUCAACCCUACCAGGACGACAUAGACAGCCUAAACCCAGUUCUCAGGGACAACCCGCAACUUCAUGAGGAAGUGAAAGUCUGGGUAAAGGAACAAAAAGUUCAGGAGAUUUUUAUGCAAGGUCCUUAUUCCUUAAAUGGAUACCGAGUGAGAGUAUACAGGCAAGACUCUGCCACCCAGUGGUUUACUGGCAUAAUUACUCAUCAUGACCUCUUCACUCGCACCAUGAUCGUUAUGAAUGAUCAGGUACUAGAACCACAGAAUGUCGAUCCUUCUAUGGUUCAAAUGACCUUUCUAGAUGAUGUUGUUCAUUCUUUGUUAAAAGGUGAAAAUAUUGGUAUUACAUCACGACGUAGGUCUCGUGCCAGUCAAAAUAGCAACACUAUUCACGGUCAUUAUACACGCGCCCAAGCAAACAGUCCCAGACCAGCAAUGAACUCCCAAGCCUCAGUACCAAAACAGAGUCCACACCAGCAACAAAGAAAUACUCGUCCAAAUAAGAGGAAGGGAUCAGAUAGCAGCAUACCAGAUGAUGAAAAGAUGAAGGAAGAAAAAUAUGAUUAUAUAAUGCGAGGAGAAAAUGCUAAAAGUAAAAAUAAACACUUGAUGAAUAAAAGAAGGAAGCCCGAGGAGGAUGAAAAGAAACUAAAUAUGAAAAGACUGAGAACUGAAAAUGUUUCCGAUCUUUCUGAGAGUGACUCGGAAAAUUCAAAGAAGAAAAUAAUAGAAAAUCCCCCAGAGCAACAGUCAGAGAAUGAGUUGAAAAAUAAAAACACUUCAAAGAUAAAUGGAGAACAAGGAAAACACCACAAUAACGAGAAAGCAGGGGAACAGACACUAACAAAUAGUCAAGCUGCAUGGGAUCAAAUACAGGAAGAUAAAAAAAAUGAAGAAAUAGAGAGGCUGAAAGUAGUUGACUCUCAACUUCAAGAUAAUAUGAUUAUACAUUCAUCAGAACAGGGCACACUUUCUGAUCAUAAUCCUAAUGAUAUACUUCUUCCGGAGUGCAGUAUGGAGAAGACACAUACAAUGGAAUUAGUACCAAAAGAAAAGUUUGUAUCCAGACCACCUACACCAAAAUGUGUUAUUGAUAUUACAAAUGACACUAAUUCACAAAAGGCGGCUCAGGAAAAUUCUAAUACCUUUGGCCUUUCAUCACUUCAGAAAAUAGAUCCUAAUGGUAGUGACUCAAAACACUCUAUUGCAAAUGUAAAAUACUUGGAAACAACAAAACAAGAUUCUGAUCAGAGCUGGGUUAGUGAUGUAGUUAAAGUGGAUUUAACACAAUCAAAUGCAAAUACUUCUUUAGGGAAUGAUCACCUGAACUUAGAUAAAGAGAAAAGUCAGUAUGUCUCAUAUAUGUCAUCUUUAACCGCAGUUUCUGUAACAGAAGAGAAUAAACUUCGUAAGCGAAGUCCACCCCCUGAGGCUAUAAAAUCAAAACUUAAUUUAUCAGCCGAUGCUCCUAAGACAAAAUCUAAUCCCUCGCCUGAAGUUGUUAAAUCCAAAAUUUCCCAUUCUCCUGAGUCUACAAAGCCUAAGACUACUUACAUGAAUAAUCAAGCUGCUGGUGAGAGAAGACUGAUGAAUAAAGUAGAACAUGAAUUAUCAAGAUGCAGCUUUCACCCAGUUUCUACUCGAGUCAAUACAUUGGAAGCUACAAAGAGCCCUUUAAUCAUUGAUAAAAAUGAACAUUUCACAGUUUAUAGAGACCCUGCACUUAUUGGGCCAGAAACAGGAGCAAAUCACAUUACUCCUUUCUUAAACCAGCAUCCGUUUCCUCUUCAUUCCUCAUCUCAUAGAACCUGUUUAAAUCCAAGUACUCAUCAUCCUGCCUUAACUCCUACACCCCACUUAUUGGCAGGGCCAUCCAGUCAAACUCCAUUACCUCCUAUUAACACCCACCCACUGACUAGUGGCCCACACCAUUCUGUUCAUCACCCGCAUUUAAUUCCUACUGUCUUACCAGGAGUGCCUCCUGCCUCCUUACUGGGUGGCCAUCCACGACUAGAGACUGCUCAUGCCAGCAGCUUAAGCCACUUAGCACUAGCACACCAGCAACAGCAGCAGUUAUUACAGCACCAGUCACCUCAUCUUCUUGGACAAGCCCAUCCUUCUGCUUCAUAUAAUCAACUUGGACUUUAUCCAAUUAUUUGGCAGUAUCCAAAUGGGACACAUACAUACUCAGGACUUGGUCUACCCUCUUCUAAAUGGGUUCACCCAGAAAAUGCAGUUAAUGCAGAAGCUUCCUUAAGGAGGAAUUCUCCCAGUCCUUGGUUACAUCAGCCCACUCCUGUGACUUCAGCAGAUGGCAUUGGUUUACUUAGUCACAUUCCUGUCAGGCCUUCCAGUGCGGAGCCUCAUCGACCUCUUAAAAUUACAGCGCAUUCCAGCCCACCAUUGACAAAAACCUUAGUAGAUCAUCAUAAAGAAGACUUGGAGAGGAAAGCUUUUAUUGAACCGUUACGAUCUGUUACCUCUACAUCAACAAAAAGUGACCUGGAUCCAAGUAGAUCUCAGACUGGAAAAGAUGGUCUUUUGCAUAGGCAUUUUGUGGAUCCAUUAUUGAAUCAAUUACAGAGGCCACCCCAGGAGACAGGAGAAAGAUUAAACAAAUAUAAGGAAGAACACCGUCGAAUUCUUCAAGAAAGUAUUGAUGUUGCUCCUUUUACAACUAAAAUCAAAGGGCUUGAGAGUGAAAGAGAGAAUUAUUCCAGAGUGGCAUCAUCAUCUUCUAGCCCUAAAAGCCAUGUUAUCAAACAAGACAAAGAUUUAGAACGUUCAGUAUCUGAUCUUUAUAAAAUGAAGCACCCAGUGCCUCAGAGUCUGCCCCAAAGUAAUUAUUUCACUACAUUGUCCAAUAGCGUAGUCAAUGAACCACCAAGAUCCUACCCAGCCAAAGAGGUCUCCAGUAUUUACACAGAUAAGCAGAGCAGUGCUCUUGUAGCAGCAAGUAAUCCUCAAACUCUGAAUUCAUUUAUAUCAUCACUUUCAAAACCUCCACCUUUGAUUAAACACCAGACUGACAAUGAAAGCUUAGUGACAGGCAAAAUCCCAGAUCAUCUUCAUCAAAUUUCAUCUCAUUCAGUCACCACCUUCCGAAAUGACAGUAGAAGUCCUACUCAUUUGACAGUUUCUUCUACAAAUACACUCCGAAGUAUGCCAGCAUUACAUAGAGCACCAGUAUUUCACCCACCAAUCCAUCACAGUGUGGAAAGAAAGGAAAGCAGCUAUAGUAAUCUUUCUCCUCCAACUUUAACCCCAGUGAUGCCAGUAAAUGCUGGUGGGAAAGUUCAAGAAUCUCAAAAGCCUCCAACUCUAAUACCUGAACCAAAAGAUUCUCAAGCAAAUUUCAAGAGUUCUUCUGAACAGAGUUUGACAGAAAUGUGGAAAUCUAAUAACCUCAACAAAGAGAAAGCUGAAUGGCAUGUGGAAAAAAGCAAUGGAAAGACACAGGCUGCUAUGGCAUCUGUUAUUGUACGUCCACCUUCUAGUACAAAAUACGAGAAUAUGUCAGCAGUGCAGUUACCUUUGAAAGAAAGACUUGGUGAAAGAUCUUCAGCUGAGACAAACCAAACAGAUUGUCUCAAACCACCAGAAUCUGGAGAGACUGGAAGAAUCAUGUUACCAAAUGUGAAUUCAGAUACUAUUCACAUAAAAUCUGAAAAAAUCUUUCCGUCUGCCUCACAGGGUACUAUUCCCAGUUCAGUCAUGUCAGCUGUAAAUACAGUAGCUAGUACCAAAAUGGGUAUAUUCACAUCUGUUGUCACUACGACCACUGGCUCCAGCGGGGGUGGUUCAGAAGUAAUUUACUCUUUAUCAAAUAGCAAUUUGGCAUCUACAUCCUUAGAAUGUACCUCUUCAAAAAAUACCAGUCAGUCAGUGGUUCAGUCACAAGAGUGCAAAGUUAGCAACACAGCUUCAGUUACACCAGUUAGUAGUAAGACAGGAAGUGGUGUUCAGCUCAGCUCUGGGUUCCCAGGCACAAGUGAUUUUAUCCAUUUAAAAAAGCACAAGGCAGCAUUGGCUGCUGCUCAAUAUAAAAGUAGUAAUGUCAGUGAGUCUGAGCCUAAUACUGUGAAAAAUCAGACAUCUUCAGCCUCCCUUUCCUUGGAAAGCACUGUGGUCUGUAGUACAAUAAACAAAGCAAACUCUGUAGGAAAUGGGCAACCUUCCCAGACAUGUCAACCAAACUACCAUACUAAACUGAAAAAGGCCUGGCUUACUAGACAUUCAGAAGAAGAUAAAAAUACUAAUAAAAUGGAAAAUUCAGGGAACUCUGUGUCAGAAAUUAUUAAGCCAUGUUCUGUAAACUUAAUAGCCUCUACAUCAAAUGAUAUACAAAAUAAUGUAGAUAGUAAGAUCAUGGUUGAUAAAUAUUUAAAAGAUGAUAAAGUCAGUAGGAGAAAAGCCAAAAGAACUUACGAAUCUGCCUCUGAAAGUGGAGACUCAGACGAAAGUGAAAGCAAGUCAGAGCAACGGACUAAAAGGCAGCCUAAACCAACUUACAAAAAGAAGCAGAAUGAUUUGCAGAAGAGAAAAAGUGAAAUAGAUGAAGAUUUGAAGCCCAAUGGAAUUCUCAGCAGGAGUGCUAAAGAAAAAAGUAAAUUGAAGUUGCAGAGCAACAGUAAUACUGGCAUCCCUCGUUCAGUAUUAAAAGAUUGGCGUAAAGUCAAGAAGCUAAAACAAACUGGGGAGUCAUUUUUACAGGAUGAUUCCUGCUGUGAGAUAGGGCCUAAUUUACAGAAGUGCCGAGAAUGUAGACUUAUUCGGAGUAAAAAAGGAGAAGAACCAACUCACUCACCAGUAUUUUGUAGGUUUUACUACUUUAGACGAUUGUCAUUUAGUAAAAAUGGAGUGGUUAGAAUAGAUGGUUUCUCUUCUCCUGACCAGUACGAUGAUGAAGCUAUCAGUUUGUGGACACAUGAAAAUUACGAAGAUGAUGAACUAGACAUAGAAACAUCUAAAUACAUAUUGGAUAUAAUAGGUGAUAAAUUCUGUCAACUUGUAACAUCUGAGAAAACAGCUUUAUCCUGGGUUAAAAAGGAUGCCAAAAUUGCCUGGAAAAGAGCAGUGAGAGGUGUUCGGGAGAUGUGUGAUGCAUGUGAAGCAACACUGUUUAACAUUCACUGGGUCUGCCAGAAAUGUGGAUUUGUGGUUUGCCUGGAUUGUUACAAAGCAAAGGAAAGGAAGAGCUCCAGAGGUCAGUUAUUAUAUAAAGUAUACUUUUUUCUAAAAAUUUCGGUUUUGACAGACCUUUUAGAUGCGAUGCACAAUCUUAGAGAAAAAUACGGUAUUAAAUCCUGUUGUCAUUGUAUUAACAAACAGACUAUACCAGUGGGGAAUUUUCCUCCAGUGAAUGGUGUUUCUCAGGUUUUGCAGAAUGUUCUUAAUCACAGUAAUAAAAUGUCUCUGUGCAUGCCUACGGCGCAACAGCAAAAUAGCCCUCAGAAGUCUGAGACUAAUGGCGACAGCAGCCCAGGAAGUGAUGCAAGCACUGACAGCAAGUUAACACCUCCAGAGUCCCAGUCACCACUGCACUGGUUAGCGGAUCUCGCAGAGCAAAAAUCCAGAGAAGAAAAAAAAGAAAACAAAGAAUGUACUCUUGAAACAGAAAUUAAAGAAGAACAAGACAACCCUGAUGAUUCUCCAAAUUACAGAACAUCACCUUCUGUGUCCCAGAAUAACGAACAAGGCUCAACUCUAAGAGACUUGCUGACCACAACAGCCGGUAAACUACGCGUGGGUUCUACAGAUGCUGGCAUUGCCUUUGCACCAGUGUAUUCAAUGGGAGCGCCAAGUAGCAAAAGUGGAAGAAGUAUGCCAAAUAUUCUUGAUGAUAUAAUUGCUUCAGUAGUUGAAAACAAAAUUCCUCCAAAUAAAGCCUCCAAGAUAAAUGUAAAAUCAGAGUAUAAAGAAGAGCCUAAAGAAAGCAGAAAAUCUCUUCAAAGUGAAAAUCAUAAAUUAUACAGUGAUAUACCACACUCUUGGAUCUGUGAAAAACAUAUUUUAUGGCUUAAGGAUUAUAAGAACAGCAAUAAUUGGAAGCUUUUCAAAGAAUGCUGGAAACAAGGACAGCCUGCAUUGGUUUCUGGUGUGCACAAGAAAAUGAACAUCAGCUUAUGGAAGGCAGAGUCAAUUAGUGUUGAUUUUGGGGACCAUCAAGCAGAUCUCCUGAACUGCAAAGACAGCAUUAUUUCAAGUGCCAAUGUAAAGGAAUUCUGGGAUGGCUUUGAAGAAGUUUCUAAACGGCAGAAAACCCAAAGUGGAGAAACAGUUGUUUUAAAAUUGAAAGAUUGCCCUUCUGGAGAAGACUUCAAAACGAUGAUGCCAGCAAGAUACGAAGAUCUUUUAAAAAGCCUACCGUUGCCUGAAUAUUGUAAUCCAGAAGGAAGGUUCAAUUUAGCCUCUCAUUUGCCAGGAUUUUUUGUACGUCCUGAUCUAGGACCCAGGUUAUGUAGUGCUUAUGGUGUAGCUGCUGCCAAAGAUCACGAUAUAGGAACAACAAAUCUCCAUAUUGAAGUUUCUGAUGUUGUGAAUAUUCUAGUCUAUGUUGGCAUAGCAAAAGGAAAUGGUGUUCUUUCAAAAGCAGGAAUACUCAAGAAAUUUGAGGAAGAAGAUUUAGAUGAUAUUCUAAGAAAAAGAUUGAAGGACUCAAGUGAAAUACCUGGUGCUCUCUGGCAUAUUUAUGCUGGGAAAGAUGUUGACAAGAUAAGAGAGUUUCUUCAAAAGAUUUCAAAAGAACAAGGCCUUGACGUACUUCCAGAACAUGAUCCUAUACGUGACCAAAGUUGGUAUGUGAAUAAAAAGCUCCGGCAGAGACUGCUUGAAGAAUAUGGAGUCAGAACCUGUACUCUUAUCCAGUUCCUGGGUGAUGCCAUUAUCUUGCCAGCAGGAGCACUUCAUCAGGUACAGAAUUUUCACAGUUGUAUUCAGGUAACUGAAGACUUUGUGUCUCCAGAGCAUCUUGUGCAGUCAUUUCAUUUAACACAGGAACUGAGACUUUUGAAGGAAGAAAUUAAUUAUGAUGAUAAAUUACAGGUGAAAAAUAUUUUGUAUCAUGCAGUCAAGGAAAUGGUGAAAGUUUUGAAGAUACAUGAAGGUGAAGUAGAAGAUAUGGAAGAAAACUAA